AUGAUACCUCGUUCAUCCUUUGAGAUCCGCACCUAUGCUAGAUCAAAACUCAGGAGGACCAUGAGAAGACCACAAGCGGCCACGUUCCUCGUUCUGUGCGUUUUUGUGGGCACCACGCUCUACCUCCUAGGCACAUCCAGACCUUCAGCCCCUAUCGACAUUACGCCCCCAGAGCUUACAACAGCUCUGCCCCCUUCGACCGAUGCCUCUCAUCCCAUACGGCAGCUCAUAACAAGGUCUGAGAACGCUUUCAACGAGGUCAUAAAUAGGCAAUCGGAUACCCUAGAGAAGGCUGUCGCAGAGUACAGACGGAGAUACCAAAUACCUCCGCCUCCGAACUUCGAUAAGUGGUACGAAUUCGCAAAAGCUAGGAAUGUGGCAUUGAUCGACGAAUAUGACACUAUCUACAACUCUUUACUGCCAUUCUGGGCUCUACAACCAUCCGUCAUUCGGGGAAGGGCACGUGAGGCACUCGGUUUCGACAAUGCGCUGCUGGGUGUAAUCAUACGGAAUGGAAAAGCCGUUAGCGCGGCAGGCGGGUCUGAAUGGCAGCAAAAGUCAACCGUGGGUAUGGUCAAAGACUUCGUCCAAUAUCUGCCUGACAUGGAUCUACCUUUCAACAUCCACGACGAACCGCGAGUGGUUGUGCCACAUGACGAUUUGCGCAGGCUAGUAACCACGGCAAAAGACGUGGCAAUGCCUGCUGCCUUCCAAAAUAAAAUGCCGAAGAAUUCAUGGUCAGCUCGAGCCGCGGAUAUGGAUGAUGGUACAAGGCCAAACGAGGUCAAGUUUACGAGAUUUAAUGUUUUUGCUCAUCAACCCACCUGGACAAAUUCUCGAAUGUCAUGCUCGCCUGAAAGCCCCGCGCGAACCUUAGACGAAAGUAUACAAGACGACAGCAGUGCCUUCGCCUUUUCCCAGCUCGGCUUCAUCUUUAACAAGACCGCAUUCUCUGACAUCUGCUUGUCGCCUUCUUUGAAAGACCGCCACGGUUUCUUCAACCGCCCAAACGCUUUCAACAUCGUCCAUGACCUCUUCCCCGUCUUUUCUCAGAGCAAGAUCAGCAGCUUUCAAGAUAUCCUGUACCCAUCGCCAUGGUACUGGUCCAAUAAAGUAGCCUACGACCAGAGCGAGGAUUAUCCCUGGGACAGCAAGAAAGACAAGCUCUACUGGCGUGGCUCUACAACUGGUGGCUUUUCCAGGAACGGGGGUUGGAGACGCCAGCACCGUCAACUAUUCGUCGAAAAGAUCAAUGCCUUAGAUAAUACCAUGGUCCUGGAGAACCAGAGUCCCGAGCCAGGUUCUUUCGUCGAAUGGAAGCUCAAAGAGAGACCUAGAACAGAUUUCAAAGACCUCAUCGAUGUCCACUUCGCCCACGUCGGCCAAUGCGACGCGGGAGAUUGCGAUGCCCAGAAAGAAUUCUUCAAAAUUACUAAGCCAGAUAAGCAGCACGAUGCCUGGCAGUACAAAUACCUCCUCGAUAUUGAUGGAAAUGCCUUCAGCGGCCGCUUUUACGCCUUUUUGAAGAGUAUGAGUUUAGUAUAUAAGAUGGCGGUGUUUCGAGAGUGGCAUGAAGAGUGGCUAUGGCCUUGGGUUCAUUACAUACCUUUGGGCUUGAAAGGGGAUGAGUAUGUGGAGAGCGUGAGAUAUUUCAACAGUGAGCCGGAUGGGAAGAUACAAGCGCCCAAAUUGGCGAUCCAGGGGAGGGAGUGGGCGGGGAAAGUGCUCAGAAAUGAGGACUUUGAGGUCUGGUUGUUCAGGUUGUUGAUAGAGUAUGGCCGAUUGGUGGAUGAUAACCGGCAGAACAUAGGCUAUGGCAAUGUCUAA